UAAUGGGUCAUGACUCAUAAAACUUGUCUCCAAACCCUAACCCGUUUUUCUUUCAAACCCUAGAAUCCUACACUUCUGUUCUAUUUUAUUUCUCUCGAAAUAUAAGCCCCAUUUUUCGAUUCAGCAGCGCACAGGAGGAAAAAAAAUGGCGGCAGCGGCGACGAGGCCACUGGUGACAAUGCAGAACCCCAAUGGCACCAGUGAGGGCGGUGGCUUUCCUCUACCAGAUGUCAUGAAGGCCAGCAUACGCCCGGACAUUGUCCGUUUUGUGCACAGCAACAUGAGCAAGAACAAGCGUCAGCCAUACGCGGUAAGUACCAAGGCUGGCCAUCAAACAUCGGCGGCAUCAUGGGGGACAGGAAGAGCAGUUUCAAGAAUUCCGAGAGUGGCGGGUGGAGGUACGCACAGAUCAGGCCAGGCCGCCUUUGGCAAUAUGUGCCGUGGCGGGCGAAUGUUCGCCCCGACGAAGAUAUGGCGCAAGUGGCACCGUAAAAUCAAUUUGAACCAGAAGCGUUUCGCGGUGGUUUCAGCCCUCGCAGCCUCGGCCGUGCCUGCGCUUGUGAUGGCGCGAGGACAUCGGGUGGAGAAGGUGCCCGAGCUGCCCCUUGUGCUCGGUGAUGCUGUGGAGUCUGUUGAGAAGACGGCUGGAGCCCUCAAGGUUUUGAAGACUCUGGGGGCUCUUCCGGACGUGGAGAGAGCGAAGAGCUCUCACACGAUACGGGCAGGCAAGGGAAAGAUGCGCAAUCGGCGAUAUGUUUCCCGUAAAGGCCCCCUUAUUGUUUAUGGCACUGAGGGAGCUAAGCUGGUCCGGGCGUUUCGAAACAUUCCCGGAGUCGACGUUGCACAUGUGGAUCGGCUUAACCUGCUUAAGCUUGCCCCAGGAGGACAUCUCGGUCGAUUUAUAAUUUGGACCCGAUCUGCCUUCGAAAGGCUGGAUAAGGUGUUUGGGACUUUUGAGAAGGAGUCUGAGCAGAAGAAGGGGUACUUGCUGCCCAGGUCUAAGAUGGUCAACUCUGAUCUUGCUAGAAUUGUGAAUUCUGACGAGGUGCAGAGUGUUGUGAGACCGAUUGAGAGGGAAGUUAAACGCAAGCCGCUCAAGAAGAACCCUCUGAAGAAUUUGGGGGCGCUGUUGAAGCUUAAUCCUUAUGCAAAGACUGCUAGGAGGAUGGCUCUUUUAGCUGAGGCAGAACGUGUCAAGGCUAAGGCGGAGAAGCUGGACAAGAAGAGAAAGGAGCCCCAGGAUAAGGCAGUCAAGGCAGCAGGCAAAGCUUGGUACCAAACUAUGGUUUCAGAUAGUGACUAUACAGAGUUUGAUAAUUUCUCCAAGUGGCUUGGUGUAACUCAAUAGAGCUUUAUUAGUCCAUGCUCUGCUGGUUAUUCGGUCAGUAUAAUUAAGGUUGAAAUCUAGGGAGCACAGUUAGUGGGUUUACUAUAGUUGAGGCGUUCCAUUUGUAGCUGGAUUUACAGAACAGAUCUAUUUUUGGUAGAACUAUUUAAUGUUUGUGUUUAUGUGCUUUGGCAUCAUUGGCAUCACAAAAAUUAGUUUUUGGCAUAAAUUUUGCAGUCUCAGUUUGGAUAGUUAGGGCCCAUAGGGGCAUGCAAGAGGAUCAAUAAAUAGAGGCUCUUCAUGAUGAAGGCUAAUUUGAUAA